AUGUUUCUGAAGCAGCCAGGUGGCUGCAUUCUUCUCGAGUUCCUGGGUCUGCUUGGACUAGUUGGUGCGGUCACCAGAACUUACUACAUUGGCAUUGUGGAGGAAUACUGGAACUACGUGCCUCAAGGGAAGGAUGUCAUUACCGGGAGGAGUUUCUCAGAAGACAAACUUGCGACCUUAUUUCUGGAGCGAGGGCCCAACAGGAUAGGUGGUAUCUACAAGAAGGCGGUUUAUAGACACUUCACAGAUGGGAGCUACUCCACAGAGAUCCCCAAGCCCCCCUGGCUGGGGUUCCUGGGGCCCAUCCUGAGGGCAGAAGUGGGAGACGUGAUCGUUAUCCACCUGAUGAACUUUGCUUCCAGACCUUUCUCUCUGCACCCUCACGGUGUUUUCUACAACAAGGAUUCGGAAGGAGCCUUAUACCCAGAUGGGACGUCUGGGAGGAACAAGGAAGAUGACAUGGUCCCUCCUGGCAAAAACUACACCUAUGUCUGGCCAGUGAGAGAAGAAUAUGCACCUGCUCCAGCAGAUGCCAACUGCCUGACCUGGGUGUACCACUCACACAUUGAUGCCCCUAAGGACAUCUGCUCUGGGCUAAUUGGCCCCCUGCUGGUGUGUAAGGAAGGUGUACUGAAUAGAUACUCAGGGGUGAGGACUGAUGUGGACCGAGAGUUUGUUAUCAUGUUCACUCUUGUGGAUGAGAACCAGAGCUGGUACCUGGAUGACAACAUCAAGCAAUUCUGCACUAAUCCAAAUUCCGUUGACAAAAGUGAUGCUGUUUUCCAGAGGAGCAACAAGAUGCAUGCCCUCAAUGGAUUCCUUUUCGGAAACAUGCCUGAGCCUGAGAUGUGUGUUGGCGAAUCUGUGUCCUGGCACCUGUUUGGGAUGGGGAAUGAGAUAGACAUCCAUUCCAUCUAUUUUUAUGGUAACACCUUCAUCACCAGAGGACACCGGACAGAUGUUGUCAACCUGUUUCCAGCUACCUUCCUCACAACAGAAAUGAUAGUGGAGAAUCCUGGGAAAUGGAUGAUAACCUGCCAAGUUAGUGACCACCUGCAAGCUGGUAUGCUGGGACAGUACAACGUGGGCAACUGCAGGGGUAAUGCUCCUCACCCAAAGGUGAGGGGUCAACAGCGGCACUACUUCAUAGCGGCUGAAAAAGUCCUCUGGGAUUAUGGUCCCCAAGGCUAUGAUAAAUUCACUGGAUUUCCCCUGAAUACAUCUGGCAGUGACUCUGCAGUGUACUUCACACAAGCUGACAACAGAAUAGGAGGAAAAUAUUGGAAGGCUCGGUACACGGAAUAUGUUGAUGCCACGUUCAGUAGAAGAAAGAUGCCCUCUGAUUCAGAAGCCCAUCUUGGAAUCCUUGGACCAGUCAUCAAGGCAGAGGUGGGUGACACCCUGCUAGUGACCUUUGCCAACAAAGCUGACAAGGUCUACAGCAUCUUACCCCAUGGUGUGUUCUAUGACAAAGCAUCAGAUGCAGCUCCAAAUGUAGAUGGAUUUCUGAAACCAGGGGCUCAUGUCAAGCCAGGUGAAACCUUCACCUAUAGGUGGACGGUGCCGGAAAGCGUCAGCCCGACAGAUGAAGACCCCCCAUGCCUGACCUAUCUUUACUUCUCAGCGGUCCAGCCUAUCAAGGACACUAGUGCUGGGCUUGUGGGGCCUUUGCUGGUCUGCAAAAAGGGCACGCUCAAUGCUGAUGGGACACAGAAAGGAAUAGACAAGGAAUUUUACCUACUGUUCACAGUCUUUGAUGAGAAUUUCAGCAGCUAUCUUGAUGAAAACAUCAAGAAGUUUACUUGGCAUCCCUUCAGUGUUGACAAAGAAGACAAGGAGUUUGUGAAAUCCAACCGGAUGCAUGCUGUUAACGGCUAUAUGUACGGCAGCCAGCCAGGCCUGAGCAUGUGCAAAAAGGAUAGAGUUUCCUGGCACUUGAUUGGAAUGGGCACCGACACAGACAUGCAUGGAGUUUAUUUCCAAGGCAACACCAUCCACCUCAGAGGGACUCAUCGUGACUCCCUGGCUCUGUUUCCCCACAUGGCCACAACGGCAUACAUGCAGCCAGACCAUUCAGGUAUUUUCAAGGUGUUCUGUUCCACCUUACACCACUUCACGAGAGGCAUGGGUCAGAUCUAUGAGGUCAGCAGCUGUGGCAACAGGGAGCCUUCUGAGCCGCCCUACGGGAUGCUAAGAACCUUUUUCAUCGCCGCUGAAGAGGUAGAAUGGGAUUAUGCCCCUAACAAAAACUGGGAGUUCGAAAAGCAGCACUUGGACGCAGGAGGGGAAAGACAUGGAGAUAUAUUUAUGAACCACACUGAAAACUGGAUUGGCUCUCAGUACAGGAAGGUGGUUUAUAGGGAAUAUACAAAUGGAGAAUUUGUGGAGAUUAAAGCUCGGCCACCUCAAGAGGAACACCUUCAACUCCUGGGACCAAUGAUUCACGCUGAGGUGGGGGACUCCAUCCUCAUUAUCUUUAAGAACAAAGCCAGCAGGCCCUACUCCAUUGCAGCCCAAGGUGUGGAGGACUCAGACAGUGGAAAGCUCCUUAAUGUGCCUGUCACAAAGCCAGACUUUGGCCAUUCGAACAGCAUAAAAAGCCAACUGGGUGUGGUGGUGUGUGCCUACAAUAUAAGUACUCAGGAGGGUCAGGAUACAUACAGUGGUUUGAUGGGGCCUCUGAUCACAUGCCGAGAGGGCGUGUUGAACGAAAAGGGAAGACGAAGCGAUGUUGACUAUGAGUUUGCACUGUUGUUCCUGGUCUUCAAUGAGAAUGAGUCAUGGUAUCUGGGUGACAAUAUCAAGAAGUAUCUCAAUAAAGAUCCAAGGGAUUUCAAGCACACAGAUGACUUUGAAGAGAGCAACAAAAUGCACGCCAUUAAUGGGAAGAUUUUUGGAAACCUCCCUGGCCUCAUAAUGACUGAAGACUCAAUGACUAACUGGUAUCUGCUGGGCAUCGGAAGCGAAGUGGACAUACACACGAUCCAUUACCAUGCUGAGAGCUUUCUGUUCAAAAUAGAUAAGUCCUACCGAGAAGAUGUGUAUGAUCUCUUUCCUGGGACAUUUCAAACCAUUGAGCUGUUUGCUGAUCACCCAGGGACGUGGCUUCUUCACUGCCAUGUGUCCGACCACAUUCAUGCUGGCAUGGAGACCACCUACACUGUCCUCAGGAACAUAGACAACAGGAUUCCAUAUUCUACCAAGACACCUUCUGGAGCAGGAUCCCAUGCAGUCACAGUGCCCUCCCAGGAACAACCUGGCAAGGAAGACCUCUAUUUCUUUGGCAAGAAUCUGCGUCCAAGAGGAGCCAAGGCAGCCCUGGUCAUCCUGUUCAUCCUGGGACUCCUCCUUCUAGUGGCCACCGUGGUUCUUGCCCUCAGACUCCGCUCUUCAAGGAGGCAGAUGGCUUACAGGGAAGUCCAGUCCUGUGCACUCCCCACGGAUGCUCUGUGA